AUGCGGGUGGCGCCUGAGUCGCUGCAGCAGGCGAGCGGGUCCCUCGUGGCCGUCGGCACGCGGAAGCGCGGAGAUGAUGAUGCGCCCGGCGCCAUGGAGUACCUGACGAGCGUGCUCUCCGCCAAGGGGUACGACGUGGCCAUGGAGUCGCCGCUGCAGCUCGCCGUGAAGCUCUCCGAACGCCUCGGGGUCAGCCUCUGGAUCAAGCGCGAGGACAUGCAGCCAGUAUUUUCAUUUAAGUUAAGAGGUGCCUAUAAUAUGAUGGCAAAGCUCUCCCAGGCGCAGCUGGAUAGGGGUGUCAUCUGCUCCUCUGCUGGAAACCAUGCUCAGGGAGUAGCUCUUUCUGCCCAAAGACUCGGCUGUGAUGCCGUCAUUGUCAUGCCCGUCACAACCCCAGAAAUCAAGUGGCGAUCGGUGGAGAGAUUGGGUGCAACUGUUGUUCUGAAGGGAGACUCGUACGAGGAAGCUCAAUCAUAUGCAAAACUACGCUGUGAGCAGGAAGGCCGCACAUUUGUACCUCCUUUUGACCAUCCUGAUGUAAUUUCUGGACAAGGAACUGUUGGCAUGGAAAUUAUUCGCCAGCUUCAAGGCCCAUUGCAUGCAAUAUUUGUACCUGUGGGAGGUGGUGGGUUAAUCGCUGGAAUUGCUGCCUAUGUGAAACGGGUCCGCCCAGAGGUAAAAAUAAUUGGAGUGGAGCCCUCAGAUGCAAAUGCCAUGGCAUUGUCCUUGUGUCAUGGUCAGAGGGUCAUGCUAGAGCAUGUUAGCGGGUUUGCUGAUGGUGUAGCCGUCAAAGUUGUAGGGGAGGAGACAUUUCGCUUGUGUCAAGAGCUUGUAGAUGGCAUUGUCCUGGUCAGUCGAGAGGCUAUUUGUGCUUCAAUAAAGGAAAUGUUUGAGGAGAAAAGAAUUAUCCUCGAACCUGCUGGUGCCCUUGCCUUGGCAGGGGCUGAAGCUUACUGCAAACACUAUGGUUUGAAAGGUGAGACUGUGGUUGCAAUAGCUAGUGGAGCAAAUAUGAACUUCGAACGGCUUAGGCUAGUAACUGAGCUUGCUGAUGUUGGCCGGAAACGAGAAGCAGUACUAGCUACAUUUUUGCCAGAGGAGCUAGGAGGCUUCAAAAAGUUUGCGGAGCUGAUUGGCCGAGUGAAUAUUACUGAAGUCAGAUACAGAGAUGAUUCUGGUGUAAAAUAUGCCCUUGUUCUUUACAGUGUUGGCAUUUACACUGAUGACGCUCUUAGAGCAAUAGUGGCACGCAUGGAAUCUUCAAAACUUAAGACUGUGAACCUUACCGACAAUGAUUUGGCAAAGGAUCACCUAAGAUACUUCAUAAGAGGCAGGUCAGAAAUAAAAGAAGAAAUUAUUUUCCGGUUCAUAUUCCCUGAAAGGCCCGGUCCCCUUAAGAAGUUUUUGGAUGCAUUCAGUCCCCGUGGGAAUAUCAGUCUUUUCCAUUAUCGUGCACCGGGUGAAACCGGAGCAGAUGUAUUGGUCGGGGUACAAGUUCCAGCGGAGGACCUCGGUGAGUUCAGGAGCUACGCCGACAAUCUUAGUUAUGAGUAUACGUCCGAGUCGAAUAAUGAGAUAUAUCGGCUCCUCCUGCACAGCCCAGAGAUGAGAUGCUGCUGACCCCAACCUGGUUAAUGUGAUAUGUGCUCUUUCAUAGGUCGGUGAG